AUGGCCCAACACCCCCGCUCGACCUUCCGGCCACCAAACCCCAAGCCCACCCCCAGGCACAUCGCCGUCAACCUCGAGCCCACCGAGCACUGCGAACACCCCAACAACCAAAUACAAACCGCAAAGUAUUCCCUCCUCACCUUCAUCCCCCGCAAUCUGGCCGAGCAGUUCCGCCGGAUCGCCAACGCCUUCUUCCUGCUCAUCGUUAUCCUCCAGUUCCUGCCCCAGUUCACCCAGCUCAACCCCAUCCUCGGCGCACUCCCCCUCCUCCUCGUCCUCGCCAGCACCGCAGCCAAGGAUGCCUACGAGGACAUCCGCAGACACGCUGCCGACCACAAGACCAACCACCAGCUCGCAGACAGACUCAUCCACCCCAACCCCAACAUCACCAAGCCUGUCCACACCCCCAAUCCCAAAAACGCCCCUGACCUGCGCGUCGGCGACUUCAUCCGGCUCAAGAACGACGAGCCCGUGCCCGCGGAUGCCAUCAUCUGCGCCACCUCCGACCCAGAGGAGAACGUGUGCUUCGUCGAGACCAAGAACCUCGACGGGGAGACCAACCUCAAGGCGCGCCACGCACUCCCCGCACUCAGCCAUCUGCGCUCGGCGGAGGCGUGUGCGGACCCAGCAACAAACAGAUUCGUAGUCGAGAACGAAGCCCCAGACCCGGACUUGUUCACCUACGCUGCCGCACUCGUCUUCCCCCAUCCUGCCCAGCCACAAUGGGUCAUCGCUCUCAUCGUCCUCACCGGCCCGGACACCAAGGUGAUGCUCAACUCCAAGAGCACUCCCUCGAAGCGCUCAAAGGUCGAGCGCCAGAUGAAUCCGAUGGUCUUUAUCAAUCUCGCAAUCCUGGCAUUCAUGUGCAUCUUCAACGGAAUAGGAACCCGGAUCGCCGAGAGCUAUUUCUACGAGCGGGACUCCUAUUGGACCGUCGGCUCGGACCUCCCCGACGACAACCCGCGGAUCAACGGGCUGGUCGGCUUUGCCAAUGCACUCGUCACCUACCAGAACAUCGUCCCCAUCUCCCUCUACAUCUCCAUCGAGUUCGUCCGCACCCUCCAGGCCUACUUCAUCUGGGCCGACGACGAGCUCCAACUCGAUGGCCGCCGAACGCUGGGAUCGCCAGCCCGUGGCGCGGAAGACGAAGGAACGGAAAAAUGGGAAGAGAUGCACGAGUCGGAUUCACCGCCCAAGGGGGCCGCCUCUUCUGGAACACAGCUCGAACCCCCCUUCACAGAUACCAGGCUCUUGGAAGACCUGCUCAAGGGGGAAUCUGAACUGCUUCAAAAAUUCUGGACCUGUCUGGGCUUGUGUCACACCGUUCUGGCCCAUGAAGACGACAACGGCUCUGUGCAAUACAAGGCCCAGUCGCCAGACGAGGCAGCCCUAGUCCAAGCCGCAGCUGACGUCGGCUAUGUGUUCAGAGGCCGAGAUAAGAAUGUGGUGAAGCUCCAGUUGCCAGCUGGCCUAGGGGGAGCAAAGGCUGGUGAUGAGCCGGUGGAAUCCGCCGAUAUCCCUCCCUCCCAGGAUCCCUGCACUGCCUGUACUGGAAUCGCUGACGAGUACGAGCUGUUGGAAGUCAACGAGUUUACUAGCUUGCGAAAAAGGAUGAGCGUGGUGGUCCAAAAGCUGAAAGACCAGCGGCCGAUCCCGGACGAGCUCUACCUCUUCGUCAAGGGGGCGGAUAACGUGAUCUUUGAGAGGCUGGCCCCCGGCCAGGAAGCUCUCCGGGCCCAGAUCGACGGCCAACUAGAGACCUUUGCCGCCGAAGGUCUCCGCACCCUCACCCUGGCCUAUCGCAAGCUCGACCGGGCCCAGCUCGAGGCCUGGUCGUUGAAAUAUGCACAUGCGCUCAGCCAGCUGGGCGACGCCCGGGAACGCCUGAUCGAGGCCGUUCAGGACGAACUCGAGAAUGGGCUCAUCCUCCUCGGCGCAACCGCAAUCGAAGACAAGCUUCAGGACGGCGUCCCGGAAGCCAUCUCCGACCUGAAACGCGCGGGCAUCAAGGUCUGGGUAGCCACGGGCGAUAAAUUAGAAACAGCUGUUGCCAUCGCCAAGUCUUGUCAGCUGAUCGGAAGCGACAUGAAUUUGAUCGUUGUCAGAGGGAACGCAUACGGUCAAAAAGCCUCAGCCUACCAGCAGAUUCGCAAGGCGUUGAUCGACUUCUUCGAUGGGCAGGAGCUCGUCGAUGAUCUCAAGCAUCUUCCGCCGGAUUACGAGCGACGGCCCUCGCUGCACUCGGCACAUCGGAGACCAUCGAUGGCCGAGUCGAUGGCUGAUGACCUCGCCUCGCUGGUCGGCCAAGAUAACGGGAAACGGGCGGGGGGGUACGGCCUGGUGAUCGAUGGCCCGUCGCUGAACCAUGCCCUCGAGGAGAAGUUCACCAGAGAGGCCCUCCUCGAGCUGUCGACGAGAUGCGAGGCCGUGAUCUGCUGCAGGGCCUCGCCGAAACAGAAGUCGGAGAUCGUCAAACUGGUCAAGGACGGCGUCCAGGCGCUCACCCUGGCGAUCGGCGACGGGGCCAACGACGUCUCGAUGAUCCAGACCGCCCACAUCGGCGUCGGCGUCCUGGGCGAGGAAGGCAUGCAGGCCGUCAACGCCUCCGACUACUCGAUCGGCCAGUUCAAAUUGAUCGCCAAGCUGCUCUUCGUCCAUGGCCAUUGGUCCUACCAUCGGAACGCCAAGAUGAUCUGCCACUUCUUCUACCAGCAGAUCAUCGGCAUCGUCCCGCUCUUUCUGUUCCAGUUCUCGUGCGCUUACUCGACUACCACUCUAUUCGAAUAUACCUAUGUACUGCUUUAUAACGUUGCUUGGACCUUGCUGCCGGCUAUAGGAAUGGGCAUCUUCGACCAGGAUAUAAGUGAGAAGGUUUUGAAGCAGGUGCCCGAGUUAUAUUCUGUAGGAAGAGAAGGCAAACUAUUUGGAGUCAGGAAGUUUAUAAUUUACAUGAUCGAAGGCACUUAUCAAGGCGCAAUAAUUUAUGCGAUCCUAGCUUUUACUUAUAGUUCUAAUUCAGUCAGGCGCGAUGGAUGGGAUCCCUCGAUGGACGAGUUUUCUAGUGUGGUCAUAGUUUCAACCAUUUUGGCAUGUAACCUGUUCAUUGCGCUGGGCCAACUCAACUGGAACUGGUGGGCAUUCGGCUGUGUUUCUUUCGGCCCGGUGACUAUCGUUCUGUAUACUGCCGUCUAUUCAGCCGUCAAACCUGAUGAGAAAUUGAGACGAUUCAAUUCGAGUGUCAUGAGCCUAGCUAGUCCUAUAGAGGCAAGAGAAACUCCUACCUGGAGUCAUCCGUUCGCGCGAAAUAAUUAUGAAAUAGGUGAUCUCAACCGAGUUGCUCCUAAAGCAGCUGGCCAGGAGACAUGUGCCGGUCCAGCGGGGACCAAAUUCAACCAAAAGCGGCAUUCAAGCAGCGAAGUCUCCAACCAAGCCAAUCGCACGCUGGUGGUUCACCAGUCAAAUCAACUCGCUCAUCGCCAUAUGUUUCCGGACAACUACAGAAUCCAGACGGCAGAUCUGACGGAAACUCUUUCGCCAUUGAAUCUCAGUCGCCGCAGGAGUCUUUUCGACCUGCCCACCUCAGCAAUCUCACCCCAAACCUAUGUUAACAGUCACAUCCCAGGGGCACCCAUUAGGGAGACCUCAAGAGACGAGGCAGAUGGCCAGAGCUCAGUGCACGGCCCCUUAGCGCCGGACCAUAGUCAAGAGCUUCAGGAGGCGCGCAAAAGUCAGGAACUUGGGGUGAUUCGGGAGGAGCUCAACCGGCCCGAAAUCCCGCGCAAUACCAUCAGGAGGAAACCGGUGCCCUCGUAUGGCCCACAAGCAGCUGAGGUGGAUGCUGAGGGGGGCAGAGAAUCUCUCAUACCAAGAGAAGGAAAUGGACACCACGGAGAUGGACAAGAACACUAA